AUGCAAACGCUAACAAUGCCUGUUAUCACUAAUCUACUGGUUGCACUCUUUCAAGGACAACGACAUUUACCCAGCCGGCAAAGUGCACUGUGUAUGUUGCUGAAGGAUUCACUGGGGAAUGUUCGUUCGAAAAAUUCAGUUCUUUUCGCGUCACUGUCGGAUCGUAUCUCAGAGACCGAGAAUAUCGUUCAGAUGAUGUCAAAGAUUCAACGCGCCGCACGACCACGAAAAUCCAAUCGGGUAUGCGCUUGA